AUGGGCGUCACCAAGACCGUUCACCAGGAGGGCUCUGGCCCCCAGGCCCAGGCUGGCCAGACCGUCACCAUUGAGUACACCGGCUUCCUGAAGGACACCACCAAGCCCGGCAACAAGGGCAAGCAGUUCGACUCCUCUGUCGGCCGUGGCGACUUCGUCGUCCAGAUUGGCGUCGGCCAGGUCAUCAAGGGCUGGGACGAGGGCGUUACUCAGAUGAAGGUCGGCGAGAAGGCCACUCUUGACAUCAGCAGUGACUUUGGAUACGGAGCCAGAGGCUUCACUGGUCACAUCCCACCCAACGCCGACUUGAUCUUCGAUGUCGAGCUCAAGAACGUCAAAUAG